AUGUCACAAUUUUGCGGGUAUACCCUUGAGCUUGUCCUCAACGACUCAGGUCACACUACUAUAAAGGGAAUAAUUAAAAAAAUCGUUGACAAAAAAUUACUUGUUUCAAACUCGGUCUAUUUGGAUGGUACGACGUACAAAGAUGGUGAUACUUUGAUAAAUGGCACUGAAAUCAAGGAUCUAAAGGUUGUCGAUCUUCCAAAGAAGCGGAAAAAGGGUAAGAAGAAAGACACAGAGAAAAAAGAAAGGCAUAACCAGCAGAAAAAAAAUAGCAAGGAGAAUGGAAAAAAGGCUAAAUCUAAGUCACACAAAAGUCAAACUCCAGAAGAUGAUCAUGAUACCGUUUACAGACAGUCAACGCCUUCCAAUAUUACCGAGAUAGGAUCUGGAUGGGAUGUGGAAGAUGCUCAAAAGGUCAAGAAAAUGGAUGACUUUGAUUUUCAGUCGAACCUGGAAAAAUUCGACAAGAAGUCGGUAUUUGAAGAAAUUUCUAGGCAGGAUAGCGUGAAUCCAUCCGAUAGAUUGGUGAGCGUGAAUAAGGUUGCUCCAGAAAACCAAAAGUAUGGAAAUAACGAGAUGGUUUUGGAAAAGCAUAAGGAUGUUUGGGAUAAUAUCGGUGAUGGUGACUAUACUCGAAAUGGAAGUCAGAAGAACAAUAACCGGACCGCCAGUAAUUCUGUUGGUGAUCAUUUCAAGGAAAGUGACGGAUUUAUGGACGCUAGUGAAACUUUGAAUAAAGGGGAAAUGCCAUUAAUCAAUUCCAUGAAACUUUCCUUUAAGUAUGCUGGAAAGCCAGCUGCUGCAUGCUCGCCACUUCAACUUGCCGAGAUAGAGAAUAUUGCUAGGGAGAGAUUCCACAUAGACAGGCAAACGCUUGUGGAGAACAGCUCUCGUAAUAUUGCGGAGCUCAUAAUCAAAAAAGUUCUUGGUGAAUUCAGAGUUACUUCGUCAAAUCAUAAUAGUCCGCCACUAGUGCUUCUUUUAGCAGGAAAUAAUAGAGCCGGUUCAAUUGCUCUUGCUACUGGUAGAAUACUCUUUAACCAUGGAAUUCGUGCAAUUUCUUAUUUACUGCAUGAUUUUGAACAAUCCGAGGAUGAGGUUACAAAUGAAGUCCAGCACAAUUUGGAUGCCUUUGAAGCUUGCGGUGGUAAGAUUGUCACACAGCUAAAAAGUUUGCACCAGAUUCUUGGCAAAGUAGACUCUCCGUUAGAAUUUAUCGUUGAUGGCCUUCAAGGUUACGACACAGAUCUUAAUGAUUACAUUGAACCAGAGUUGACACGCUCUAAAGAACUCGUCAAAUGGUGUAAUUCGUUGGAUCUUCCAAUAAUGUCAAUAGAUAUACCAUCUGGACUUAAUGCAUCAUCUGGAACUGCCGACUUUGGUAACUACUUAAAGGCACAAUAUUUGAUAUCCAUUGGGUUGCCUUUGAACUCUAUUUUGAACACAUACAAGUUUGGAUAUUUCAAACCGUCAGAAUUGACCCAUUUUGUUGUCGAUAAUGGUUUGCCUAAGAACGUGUUUAAAAGUAAGUCCAGCUUCCGGAAGUUUGAGAAAUCAUGGUUUGGCGCCUCCUGGAGUUAUCAGCUUACAGUAUGA